AUGAAUCCCAACGUGAACAUGGCCAACAUGAACCCCAUGGGCGGCCCUGUUGGAGGCGCCCCCAUGCCCAUGAUGAAUAACGGCGCCAUGAACCCCCAGGCUGCGGCUGCUGCCGCCGCCGCGUCUCGCCAACACCAGGCCAACGAUAACCAGCGCAGCGUUCUCAACACCUAUAUUUACGAGUACUUUAUCCGCAUGGGCAUGUACGAUUGCGCCCGCUCUCUCCUUUCCAGCGAUCAGCAGGUCAACGUUCUGAAGGAUGGCGCGAACCGCCGUCGCGACGAGAAUGGCAAUCUCAUCAAUGGUGUUGGGGAAGAUCCUAUGGACACCGACUCUAAAGACGAUAUCGAUUCCAAGCUACCCGAAGACUUGCCUCCGCCGAAGCUCCCUAUGCCUGCUUCCGACACUUCUUUCCUUUACGAGUGGUUCUCCGUCUUUUGGGACAUCUACUACGCGCAGCGCGCCAAGAGCGGCAACAAUACCAUCAAUCAAUAUGUCCAACACACUCAGCAGCAAUCCCGGCUAAAGCAAAAUCAACAGCAGGAACUUCUGCGUCAAAUGAGACCAGACAUGUCCCAACAACAGCAAUAUCAAAUGAUGCGAAACAUGCAAAACGGCAACAUGGCCAUGAACAUGAAGCAGAACAACCUCGCCCGCGCUGCCAUGGCCAACAACCAAAACAACCCUCAAAUGAUGCUACAGCAGGCCAAGCAGAACCAGAUGCAGCGAGACCCUUCAGGCAUGGAUGGCCAGAACAGGCCAACUUCACCAUCAUCAGGGGACAACGCUCCCUCGCCUUCCAAGCGACAGCGCAUCGAUGGCGCGCCUUUCAACCCUAACCAGCCCAGUGCUAUGAUGCCUAACGGUCGUCCUGGCCAGGUCAUGCCCGGCCAACAGAUGCCUGGAGGACCUAACACCGCCGCCGCUCAGCAAAUACUCACCGCCAACGGAAUCAACCCUCACUCGCUACACCCUCAACAACUGCAGAACUUUGCCAACGCUCCACCCGCCGCCCAGCAGAAGUCGAUCGCAACCUACUCGCAGAACCUACAGCAACACCAUGGUACGCAAAUGGGAGGGAAGCAGAUGCCUAAUGUUCCUCAAGGCCAAGGAUCUCCAAUGAUGGCCCAGGGUCCAGAUGGAACUGCUCUCAAUGCGUUCUACAACCCUGGCGACAUGGGUGGCCCAGGCGGUAUUCGGCCAGGACCUAAUGGUCCCCAAAACGGAGGGGGAAGCAACCAUGCCCUCCAAGACUAUCAAAUGCAGCUAAUGCUUCUAGAGCAGCAGAACAAGAAGCGACUCAUGAUGGCCCGCCAAGAGCAGGACACCGUCGGCAACGGCAUGCCUCGAGAAGGCCAACCUGGGCAACCCGGUGGCCCACCUGGGCCAAACGGCCAGUUCCCGGAUACAUCACCUCAGGCUAUGCGCCCAGGUGCAUCGCCCAACCCUGCUGAGCAGAUGAAGCGCGGUACACCUCAGAUGAACAACUCCGGUAUCCCUUCGCCGGUUCCCGAGGGUGGCCAAUCUCGUGGCUCACCCAACCCAGCCAUGAACUUCAUGGGUAACCAGAUGGAUCCCAACAUGGCACCUCACUUCUUCAAGGGAAUGGAAGGUAACAUGGGUGGCCAGCCUCAGAUGAACGCUGGCAUGAGACCACCCAGCUCUCACCCCGGUCAGCCCUUUAACGGACAACAGAUGACGCCACAGAUGAUGGCCGCCGCAAGACAGCAGCAACAGCAGCAAGGACAACCAGGCCAAGGGCCACAGGGAAAUCCCCAGCAAUGGCAACAAGGGCCUAACGGCCAGAUGAUUCCUCAGCAGAUGCAGCAACAAAGUCCUCAAAUCCAGGGAACUCCUCAGCAGCGAUCGAUGCCUCCUCCUCAGGCACCACCUGCUGGCGCAAACGGAGCCAACAGGACGACAGCAUCACCUCAACAAGCAGCUGCGGCUCCGCCAACACCUAGUCAGACUAACAAGGCUGCUCCCAAAAAGAAGGAGUCCAAGGCCGCUAAGGAUAAGCGCGCUGCCGCCAACAAGAAGGCAAACCAGAAUCUCAACAACGCUGGUGCAACCCCUUCCAACGACAACAAUGAUUCACAGGAUACGCCUGCUCCUGCCACGCCUAUUCAGAACGCCAAUGCUGCCAACUUCAACAAGAACGGCCAAGCCGGAAAUGCUGGUCAGAAUGGUCAACCUACGACUGGUGCAGCUGCUAAUGCUCCUGUAGCUGCAACGACUGCUCCGCCUCCCGCACAGCCUGCUCCUCAGCAUGAUCCUAAUCAAAUGAUGGGCAUGGAUAACAGCUUUGGCCCAUUGUUUGAUGGUGGUGGCAUGGAGUUGGCUAACCCCCUUAACUCGGGUGACGUACUCAACGACUUCGACUUUGAUUCGUUCCUUCACGACCAAGACGGUGACAACUCUGCCUUUAACUUCACAGAAGCUUUCCCGAUGGGCGAUGAGAUUGGAGCAGAUUAA